UGUCGUCAAGCAGGAAGCGGUGGUGUGAAAAGGCACUGGGAAUAUCUGCAGCUCCACUGAGGAAGCAAACGAUGGUUUAUAUAUCUUGAAGGCUGGACUUUGUCCAGGCAUAUGGUUAUGCUCAGUCAUGAACUGGAGAAUAAUGAAGUGAUUGAAUGUAAAUCAGUCUGAAAACAUGCACGAGAGUAAAGGAUUUCUAUAGUAAGAAGACGGUCUGAAAUGAGGAGUCUUUUUUUGGAUUGGAGUUGGGCUGUCAGCGAUCAGACGUUUGAUGUAAUAGGGAGGACUGUAAGUAACCGUCAAUCAUCAAGAGCUCUUCGUGUGGGGGAAACACAAAUAGAAGCGACACUUAAAGCGAGCCUGCUAGCCAAAUGGUGAAAUUCUGGAGGGGGGAAGCAGACUCGAGAAAGGAAGAACGCUUUGCAGACGAUGAAGAGCAAAACGAGUUGACAACCAGACUUCUUGAAGCCAACUCUAGCAAAGAGAAAGAGUUCUGUUUUUGCCAGCCAGACCCAGUCUCCAGUGCUGGUCCCCCUGAUGGCAGUUUGUACAACCCUCUGAAACCUGCCAAGCUGGACGCCACAGCUUUGCACGACUGCACUUUGGCCGCCACUGUGCCUCCUUCGGAGCUGUCGAACCAUGCAGUCCAAGCCUGUGACACAGGCAUUCAUGAAGAGCACUAUGUAAGUGAAGCAGCAGAAGAUGAUGUGCCAGACUGCAGAGAGUACAGAGAUGCCUGCACCAUUACUGAUGUGUGCAAUAGUACCAAUCUUCCUGAAGUUGAAAUCAUCAGUCUACUGGAAGAGCAGCUGCCUCAUUAUAAGCUAAGAGCAGAUACAAUCUAUGGUUAUGACCACGACGACUGGCUUCAUACGCCUCUCAUUUCUCCUGAUGCAAAUAUUGACUUAACAACUGAGCAAAUAGAAGAGACCUUGAAAUACUUCCUUCUAUGUGCUGAAAGGGUGGGCCAGAUGACUAAAACAUACAAUGACAUAGAUGCUGUUACACGUCUUCUUGAGGAGAAAGAACGGGACUUAGAAUUAGCUGCUCGGAUUGGCCAGUCACUUUUAAAGAAGAAUAAAUCACUGACAGAAAGAAAUGAGUUCCUUGAGGAGCAAGUAGAACACAUCAGGGAAGAGGUUUCUCAGUUACGGCAUGAGCUUUCCAUGAAAGAUGAGCUGCUCCAGUUCUAUACCAGUGCUGCUGAAGAAAGUGAGCCAGAGUCCAUCUGUUCCACUCCGCUCAAGAGGAAUGAAUCUUCCUCCUCCGUCCAGAACUACUUUCACUUGGAUUCUCUUCAAAAGAAACUCAAGGACCUCGAAGAAGAGAAUGUUGUACUUAGAUCUGAGGCCUGUCAGCUGAAGACUGAAACAAUUACUUAUGAAGAGAAAGAACAACAGCUUGUCAAUGACUGCGUAAAAGAGCUAAGGGAUGCAAACAUCCAGAUUGCCAAUAUCUCCGAGGAGUUAGCAAAGAAAACUGAAGAUGCUGCCCGGCAGCAGGAAGAAAUCACCCAUCUUCUCUCUCAGAUUGUCGAUCUACAGAAAAAGGCAAAAGCUUGUGCGGUUGAAAAUGAAGAACUCGUUCAGCAUUUGGGAGCAGCUAAAGAUGCCCAGAGACAGCUCACAGCAGAGUUGCGUGAGCUGGAAGACAAGUAUGCAGAGUGCAUGGAAAUGCUUCAUGAGGCUCAAGAAGAGCUGAAAAACCUUAGGAACAAGACUAUGCCAAAUGCCAUCUCACGUCGGUACCACUCUCUCGGUCUCUUCCCUAUGGAUUCUUUGGCAGCAGAAAUAGAAGGGUCAAUGAGGAAAGAACUACAUUUAGAUGAGCCCGACUCUCCUGACUUGGCUCAUCAGAAGCGGGUCUUCGAAACUGUGAGAAAUGUUAACCAAGUUGUCAAGCAAAGAUCCAUGACUCCAUCACCAAUGAAUAUCCCAGGUUCUAACCAGUCCUCUGCUAUGAACUCACUCAUGUCUAGUUGUGUCAGCACUCCACGAUCCAGUUUCUAUGGGGGAGACAUCUCUAACAUUAUGAUAGACAACAAGACAAAUAGCAUCAUCCUAGAGACAGAAUCCUCUGAGAAUGGAAAUGAAGACAGAAUGAAGAAGCCUGGCACUCCAGGGACACCAGGCUCCAGUGACCUAGAGACUGCCCUUCGCAGGCUGUCCCUUAGGCGGGAGAAUUACCUUUCGGAGAGGAAGUUCUUUGAAGAAGAGCAGGAGAGGAAGUUGCGGGAACUGGCAGAAAAGGGUGAACUCCGUAGUGGUUCCGUUACUCCCACAGAGAGCAUCAUGUCCCUGGGAACUCACUCCAGAUUUUCAGAAUUCACUGGAUAUUCGGGAAUGUCUAUCAGCAGUCGCUCCUACCUGCCAGAAAAGCUUCAGAUUGUGAAACCACUAGAAGGUUCUGCCACUUUGCACCACUGGCAGCAGCUGGCUCAGCCUCACUUGGGCGGGAUCCUGGACCCAAGGCCCGGGGUUGUCACCAAGGGCUUCAGGACCCUGGACCUUGACCUGGAUGAAGUGUACUGCCUUAAUGACUUUGAGGAAGAUGAGACAGGUGACAUUUCUUACAAGGGCCUAACUACCUCGACGCCAGUUCAGCACACAGAGACCUCAGUACCUCAUCCUGGGAAGUGCAUGUCACAAACCAACUCCACCUUCACCUUCACCACCUGCCGCAUUCUGCACCCUUCUGAUGAGCUCACACGAGUCACACCAAGCCUUAACGCAGCACCUACUCCAGCUUGUGGCAGCAUUAGCAACUUGAAAGGCACCCCGGUGGCUACUCCCUGUACUCCUCGGCGUCUGAGUUUGGCCGAAUCCUUCACUAACCUCCGGGAAUCCACGACGACAAUGAGCACGUCUCUGGGGCUGGUGUGGCUGCUGAAGGAAAGGGGCAUCUCGGCAGCAGUGUACAAUCCACAGAGCUGGGACAGAGCCAGCAGAGGCACUCUCCUGAACACAUACUCACCUAAAAUGGCGAUCAUUCCUUCCACUCCACCAAACUCACCUAUGCAGACACCUUCUUCUUCCCCUCCAUCCUUUGAGUUCAAGUGCACCAGCCCACCUUAUGACAACUUCCUGGCUUCAAAGCCUGCCAGUUCGAUCCUGAAGGAGGUGAGGAAUAAAAAGAACAUCAGGAACAGUGAGAGUCAGACUGACGUGUCUGUUUCUAACCUUAAUCUCGUGGACAAAGUCAAGAGGUUUGGUAUCGCCAAAGUUGUGAGUUCAGGGCAGGCGUCAGCUCCUCCUUUAACUGAUGACCAGGGACCUCUUCUCUGCGGGGCACAAGGGCCGGUGAGGGGCCUUGUUCCCGGAGGCCUGGCACCAGACAGUCUCCCACUGGGCUGCCCUGCUGUGACCAGUGCCAUCGGGGGCAUCCAGCUGAACACUGGCAUCCGAAGGAACCGGAGCUUCCCCACCAUGGUGGGUUCCAGCAUGCAGAUGAAAGGCCCAACAACACUCACUUCGGGCAUCCUCAUGGGAACCAAGCUCCCAAAGCAAACUAGCUUACGAUGAAUAACUUUAUUUUUACAGCUAGUCUUUUUAAAUGAAAAUACUCAGAUUCUUUCUCCAAUCCUCUUUUCCUCUCCUCACCACCCCUUCAUUGCCUCUUGAGUUUGACAAAUCAACUUUGUGCCUAAUGGGAGAAAUGUGUAAACUUUGUAAAAAAUGUGUAAAUAUGUACCAGAUCUAUUGUAACUAAUUGGAUUCUUUUACUGUUCGAUUGAGUGCGAAAGGCUCUACAUUAUGUAUUAGGGUUAACUUGCUAACCUUUUGAAAAGUUUUUUUUUUUUUUUAAGAUAUACUGAAAAAAAAACAAAGAACGUAAACAACAAGAAAUAGCUUGACUAGGAAAAACAUGAAUUCUGUAGCUAGCCUAACUUGAGUUGAAGGUGCAUGGGAAGCUAUUGAAUAUGUUAUGUGAGACCUCGCAUUACAUCACUUGAAGCAUGGGAGUAAUUGUGCUUCAUUAAAUGCUGAAAGAAGCACUCAGUUUAACACUUGAUAGUUUUAUUUUUGCUUUUGUAGAUGAGUUGAGCUGAAUUAUUGGAGUGCCUGGCUAUUAUGCCUGAAUGGAUGAAACUUUCUUUCUGUUCUGUAUUCUCCUCCUCCCUGAUACAACAAACUUGAACUAAUACUGUUGAGGUCAGCAGGCCUACUGGGUACCUGGAAUAUUGACAUAUUUCUACCACUGCUGUUUCAUUUGGCAUGCUUACGUUCUGUGUGACUUCUUUUUAGUUUUUUGUUUUGUUUUUCAAUGCUGCACUGGAUCAUGGAAGGGAAAAUGCUUUACUACGUGUUGCUGCCACUGAAACAUCCUUUGCCAGUGUGCCCAAAGAACAAUUUUCACAACUCAUGAAGUAAACAUGGCGCUGACUUCCUAGAAGUCAGAGUUGCGGAACAGAUUUGACAGAUAAGAAUGUUAUAAAAGAACAUGUAGCAAAAUCAGUGUUUGGAAAAGGCGUGUCCUUGAAACCUCAGCAGAGAACCACAAAAAUUUAGUAACGGAAUGGUACAAGCUGGAAAAAGCAACUUGCCAUCAACAUGUUGUUGUUCAGCUUUCAUGCAUGUAGAGGACCAUGGUGUUGUAAACAGGGUGAGAAUAUUCCCUGCCCAUUUUCUGUUUUCUUUUUUUGAAGAAAUCUUUUUCAUUCAAAGUUUGACCUUAGCAGAGGUAAAAGUAUGUAAAACACUUUAUUCCGUGGUGGUUUUAAACUGAAAAAGCCACAUCCCAAUGCCAAACCUAUAAUACCCCACUUCUUUAGAAAAGAAACAAGAUGUCGCACACCAUUGAGUUGUGGCCAGGUGAUCCUUAUUGAUCUUAUGAUUUUCUUACCUGUUUCUCCCAAAUUUCUGCUGGGUGCUUGUAGAGAGAAUUGAAAUCUCCUCGAACUGGAACGGACUGGAGGGAGCUUGUUCCUAGAGCUGAGCUGAGCCCUAAAUUGUUUCUGAAGCAGGGAGGGAGAGGAGGAAAUGGGGUGGGGUGGGGGUGUCAACAUCUGCUUUCUUUUCCUUCCAGUUCUUGUGACAUCUAAAUCAAGCUCCCCAUUUGUCAUUACCAUAAUCACACUACAAGUAAUUGCUGUGAAUUGCCAUUUGUACCAGACUGUUACUAAAUCAUUAGCACUGAUAAUUUCUUGUAUAAAUGAAACUGUCUUUUAGUCUUUGUGACAAGAGAUAGGUGUUUUCUUUUUGUUUUCUUUUUUUUUUUUUUGAAUGAAGUAGUUAUGGCGGUAGUGCUAUGGACACUAAGGAUAUUUUUUGAGAAAGAAAAAAAACACAUCGGUCAGUUACUGCAUGUGUUUGAAGACAUAUUUAUUCUAUGAACUUAAAAUGUUUUAGUAAAAUGUCAUCAGCUCUCUUUGCCGUUGUGUGUGUGCACUUAUUGCAAGUAAAUUUAAGUACCUUUUAAUUUGAAUGUAUCCUAAAACAGUAGAUAGAAUAACAGUUGAUUCUGAAAAAUCAUGGACUUAAUGGACCAUUUUAUAUACCCAGAGGAAGAAAGCAAUACCAUAUGAGAAUUUAAAGUGUAGAAGCUAAUCAUGCAAUUGGAAAGCAUUAUUUAGCCUUUCAAUAAGCAGUAGGAUCUGUCCACCCACCAGAGAAAGCAAUUGUAACACAUCAGAAAGAUGAAAUUUAAAUUUUCUUCACUAAUAUCAAUAAAAUAACAGAAAAAUUGCAUUGUUGUGUAUUAUUU